UCAGGCACCACAUGGACAGCUUCACCAAAACAGAAACAUUUCGGGGUCCUUUCACUUCACAUGUGCGUCUGCUUCUCUGCCAUCGUGAAAGGAAACCAUGCCGAAGUCAAAGAGGGACAAGAAAAUUUCGUUGACGAAAACAGCCAAGAAAGGACUGGAGUCUAAACAGAAAUUAAUCGAGGAGUUACGGAAAUGUGUGGACACCUACAGAAACUUGUUCAUAUUCUCUGUGGCCAAUAUGAGGAAUAACAAACUGAAAGACAUCAGGACAGCAUGGAAACACAGCAGAUUCUUCUUCGGCAAAAAUAAAGUCAUGGUGGUUGCCUUGGGUAAAGGAGAAACAGACGAAUACAAAGAUAAUUUGCACAAGGUCACCAAGUAUCUACGAGGAGAAGUGGGAGUACUAUUCACAAAUAAAACAAAGGAUGAGGUACAAGAGUAUUUCAGUCAUUUCAAAGAGUUGGAUUAUGCACGGUCAGGCAACCGUGCACAGAUGGACACAACUCUGGAUGAGGGACCCCUUGAACAGUUUCCUCACUCGAUGGAGCCCCAGUUGAGGCAAUUAGGACUCCCCACUGCGCUCAAGAAAGGAGUGGUGACACUGCUGAAGGACCACGAAGUCUGUAAGGAGGGAGACGUGCUUACUCCUGAGCAGGCUCGUAUUCUGAAACUCUUUGGCAUCGAGAUGGCAGAAUUCAAGGUGCAGAUCAAAUGUAUGUGGAACUCAGAAACAGGCGAGUUUGAGAAUGUUGCUGGUGAAGAAGAGUCUAUGCAGGGUAAUGAAGAGGAAGAUGACGAAGAUGCAGAAUGAAACCUCUGCAAGAGCAGACACUUGUACACGUUUUUUUUUUUAAAAGUCCUAUUUUUGCCAGCUGUCACAGCAGAGGGACAUAGAUGUUAAAACCAUUCACGUGACUGCAGGUGCUGCCCCUGGAGUCUUUAAUGUCUCUCCUUUGUCCUUUUUUUCACCCCAAAACAUGAACUUCUGUCCUUUGCCUUGAAUUUUAGCUUUGGACUGACUCACUGUUCAGUAAAAACUGAGACUUAAUGAUCGCUUACAUAUAAUCAUGUUGAUGCCACUUGUUUUAUCAACAUAAGAAAAAGGUAUUGCAUGUAAAUAUAGCUGAAACGGAUAAGCACAUGUCCUUUAGUGUGUUAAAUCGAUCCAUUUCAAGCAUUUUAUGUGUAAGGGGGAAAAAAAACAUUUUGUUUGUGAGAAAAUUGGUUUUCUUUUUAAUGUAAUAGUUUAAGGCAGACUCCAGAAAAAGUUAUUUUUCCCUGAAAAAA